AUGUCUGCUAAUAAUUUUGAGUUUUUAUCCAGAGAAAAAUUUGAUGAAAUUCUUGAUACAUACUUGAACGACCUACCAGAAAAUCGGCGUGCGAAGGCAAUUAUAUCGCAAGAAAUGAUGGAUCAGGCAAUUCAAAUUUUUGAUGACGGAAACACGAAUCAAGACCCAAAAUUUAAGUCUUGGGUACGAAGUAAAUUUACCACCAUGGUCAUCGGAAACGCCAAAAAGCUUGUUGAAAAAUCAAGCGCAAAGCCAGUAUGCGCUAAAGAAAAUCUGUAUGAUAUUAUUGGUAGCUUGCACCGCGUAUUACAACAUGCUGGCUAUAAAAAAAGUUAUGCUGAGGUAAAUUAA